CCACCGCGUCGCCUCCUCCUGCUCGUUUUCCACACUGGUAACCGCUGCGCUAAACCCUCCCAAACCCCUCCCCUGUAUGAUUGGCGCUAUAUCAAUUCGUUCCUCCGGUGCUUCUCAAUCGUUGUCUCCUUGAAAUUUCGGAGCUGUUGGUGAUCAAUCACCCACCCAGUGGAGUGACCUCGUUUCUUCUCUUCCGUUUUUGAUCAGGGCGGAUUUCUUCGUCACGAGGGCGAGGAGAGGAGGAGGGAGGAAAAGGUGCCCCAUUUCUUGCUCUACUCCGUUGCAGUUGCGGAGAUCCAAUCGAUUCAAGAAACGGCAUUUUUGUGCUUCCGUUAGGUUGCUCGCCGAGAGAUUCCCCCCCAAAGUUUGUUGCUUGGAGUCGAUUUGGGCCAAGAAAGGGCCAAAAGGCGCCGCAAAUCCGUUACCGUCCCAGAAAAUCCCAAAACGCCGCGUCGUAUUUGAUCGCUGGCGACCUGGCUCGAUCCAUCUGAGCCAAGGGGGCAGCAGGAGGAGGGGGAGAGGGGGAGGAGAGGAGAGGGCGUCCUCCUCGAGCAGCCGCAUUGCCCGCCUGUCGAUGAGUGAGCGCUGCCUCCGAUGCUGUCGGGGUGCUCGGUGUCCAGUCUCGCGGCGCGGUUCGCCUUCUUCCCGCCGGAGCCGGCGACGUACGCCGUCCGGAAGGACGAGGCCACCGGCCGCGUCGUCGCCUCCGGCGUGCCGCGGGACAACGCUCUCGACGUGCUGCUCGUCGACACCAGGAGGGGGAACAAGGUGGUGGCCUUCUACUUCCGGAACCCCUGCGCGCGCCUCACCCUGCUCUACUCGCACGGCAACGCCGCCGACCUCGGCCAGCUCUACGACCUCUUUGUGCAGCUCAAGGUCAAUCUCAAGAUCAAUCUGAUGGGAUAUGACUACUCUGGCUAUGGCGCAUCUACUGGCAAGCCGAGUGAAGAAAAUACAUAUGCAGACAUUGAAGCAGUUUACCAAUGCUUAGAAACCGAGUAUGGGAUCAGCCAGGAGGAUAUUAUCUUGUAUGGACAAUCUGUGGGCAGUGGGCCAACAUUACAUUUAGCCUCCCGCCUGCCUAGAUUGCGCGGGGUGGUUCUCCACAGCGCUAUACUGUCAGGCCUCCGUGUUGUUUGCCAUGUGAACUUUACUUUCUGCUUUGACAUUUACAAAAAUGUCAAGAAAAUAAAAAAGGUCAAAUGCCCAGUGCUUGUUAUUCAUGGGACGGACGAUGAUGUUGUGAACUGGUCACAUGGCAAGGAGCUGUGGAAACUGGCAAGGGAGCCUUACGAUCCUCUCUGGAUCAAAGGGGGAGGUCACUGCAACCUGGAGCUGUACCCUGACUUCAUCCGCCACCUCUCCCGUUUCAUCCGUGAAAUGGAGACCAUCACAACGAAAAUCCGACUCAAGAAGAUUAGGCAGUCCCUCCAGCCCAGAAAGAAGGCCCACCGCGUGAGCACGGCCACAACAACAACCUUCACCACUAACUGCUGCUGCCGCAUUCGAGUUCGCAAACCGACCUGCCCCAGCUGCAACUUCAGCUGUGGCUGCUGCGAGCUGAGGAACUGCUUCACAUUCUGUUUCAUCAGGUGCUGCCCUUCCUGCUUCUCCUGCGGCAGCUGCUGCUCCUGCCGGAGCUGCUUCAAGUGCUGCUGUUGUGGAGAUGCGCGUUAAUGCUUCCGAUCUUUGUGCGCGCGCAUGUAUAGUAAAGAGGAAUGGUCCUGAGAUAUCUGCUAACCCUUUAAAUGCCGUAGGACUAAAAACUAGACUUGAGUUAACUGAACAUUGUGCAACAGAUAGACUCCUGUACUUGUCCAUGGUAUCCGGUUCUACCUGCCCUCCUUUGUAGUUGCAUGUCAGAUUCAUCUAAUUAUUGACAUAACCCGUUCGCUGUUGAGUUUAGAACCUGAACUGAAUCUUCGUUCCUUCAAUGUUUAGGUUGUUCCGACCUGAUUGCUCGAGACAUCAUAGUCUGGUCUGUCUGUUAGACUGGCGGGUGACAACCAACCCAACCGAAUGUUUUGAGAUACUAUCAGCACUCUACCAGCAACUACUCAGAACAACUCAAGGUGGUUCUCGUGCCACUGUUUCUGUUCCUAUUGUCGAAAUGUACUGUUGCUGCCCGGCAAUCGGAUCCAAUGUGCACCAUCCGAUCAAUGUUGAAGACAAUGGAAGGUUAAAGCUUGCCAGUCCGUGCAGUACACCGGCGUUCAGAUGGACCACUUGCAGUACCAUUUUGUACCAACCUGAAACAAACCAUGGGGCCUCUCCCAUAGUCCCAUUCAUGCGUGCAGAUUCAGAAACUGGCGCCCAUUAUUCAUACAGCUGCGUAGCAUCAUACUGAAGCCAGCUACUAGUCAUUCUGUACAAGGCCGGCCAUGUGAGGGGCAUUGAAUUGAAAUCUCCCUUAGAAAAUGCGCGACUAAAAGAACACAUCAGUCGGUGGAUUAUUGGAGCUCAUGGAACCUGGCAUUCAGCUGAUCGGGUUGCCUGAAUUCCCCUGAACUCAUCGGCAAACCGAAAGCUGGUCCGGGUAGUUGAACCGUAGCUCUUGCUCUUGCGGUUAAGGGGCCGGUCACCGGACUUCUCAUCGGAGGAUCGGAGGCGACAAUGUAGGCGAGGAUGGAUGGAUGGUGCACCAUAUAUGGUACCUAGCUGGUACGAGUAGGACAAUGGUAUGUAUGUGAUGUGGCAUGGUCUUGUUGCAAUGUCUUGUGUGUUGUGUUGCAUGUAGCGUACUGCAUGCCUGUCCUUGUAAUUGUAUGCGGCCAAUGGUGAGCUGGGCAGCUAGUGGCACAAGGUUCCAGCCCUCCCCUCGCCCCUGUACCUUUCCCUAUGCGAAUCUAGGCUGCCUAAUUGGACCUAGUGCA